AGCAGCUGCAACCGUAGCUCUGUCCCUGUGGAGUCUCCAGAGCGCUUUGAGGCCCGCCCCUGCACUAAUGGGGAGAGGGGCUGAGUGCAGCCUGUCCUCAGCCCCUACGCUGGAGGUAACUCAGCUAGUGGAGGCCGAGUUACUUGGGAGGCGUUCAGGCUCUUCAAGCCUCCCCAACCAUUAAUACCCUCACCUCAAUCCUCCAGGAAGACUUGGGCCAUUUUCUUCCCCUGGAAAGAAACUGAGCAGGCAGCUUCAGUGCGUUGGCUGUGCUUCCUCUCGUGGGGAGUGGCUUAACGUCCCUCCAAGCCUGGACUGUCACCUGUCCUAUUCUGGGCGCUCUGUCAUCAAGGGAGGCUUGGUUUCCACUGUGGUUAAGAGUUUCUGAGCUGCACUGCCUGGUUGGAGUUCCAACUCUGCCAUAUAAUUGGCUGUGUGACCUUGGGCAAGUAACCUCACCUCUCUGAGCAUGCCUUUUCUACUGUAAAAUGGGGAUAAUGAUACCUAUCUCAUAAGGUUAUUGUGGAGAUAAGUUCUCUGAUUCUGUCCGGUGCCUGGCAUCUAUGCAUGCUGUGUACCUUGGGCUCUUUGGUCAGUAUAUUUGGGCCCUACAGGGCUGCUCAUGGCUGCUGCCUGGAGUCAAACAACUUGGCCUUCAGGGCAGGGGAGGGGGUCAUGAUAGGCAGGGAACGAGGGCUGGGAAACCUCAUAGCAGAGGCCUUGGCUGAACCUCAAAGGAUGAGCGGUGCAUGGAGAGACGGUGGCUCUCCACCUUGGCCUCAUCCACCAGCAGCCUGCCUUGGCCCCCUUUGUGAGGAUAACUGUUGGGGCUCCUCUCUGUGGGUAUGAGGGACAGGUUUUGAAGUGGACCUGAGCCCUGGAGCUUCCAAAGCAGCAGAACCACAGGGCUCCCAGACACAGCUGUGGAGGGGAGGCAGCCUUGAGCUGGUGCUCCUGGGUCGCUGGGGGGCCCACUCCUCUCUCCUUUCUGAGCGGGGCAGCAGCCAUUAUUGGCUGGGCCCCCAGAGUGCUGAGCUCCCGUGCCCAAGCAGGCAUCGAUGGAGGGAGGGGGCCUGGACCAGGCUGAUGUUGAAGCCAGUUGGGCUACAAUUUGCAACAGCAGCAUUUAGGAUUCAGCUUAGCUCUGGGGCAGAACUUUCUCAGAGGAAGUCCAGAGACUACCUCUGCUCCCCUGAGGAGAAUAUCUACAAGAUCGACUUCGUCAGGUUUAAGAUUCGGGACAUGGACUCAGGCACUGUCCUCUUUGAAAUCAAGAAGCCCCCAGCUUCAGAGCGGUUGCCCAUCAGCCGGCGGGACCUGGACCCCAAUGCUGGGCGCUUUGUCCGCUACCAGUUCACACCUGCCUUCCUCCGUCUGAGGCAGGUGGGAGCCACGGUGGAGUUCACGGUGGGAGACAAGCCUGUCAACAACUUCCGAAUGAUCGAGAGGCACUACUUCCGCAACCAGCUACUCAAAAGCUUUGACUUCCACUUUGGCUUCUGCAUCCCUAGCAGCAAGAACACCUGCGAGCACAUCUACGACUUCCCCCCUCUCUCCGAGGAAUUGAGUGCGUGGGCAGGGCUUUCUGCGAGUGGGGAUGUGGGGGCACGUGGGAGACGUGGGGGGCGUGUAGAGACCGAGCUGUGGGAGGGAGGGGGACUUGUGGGUCUGACCCCAUUUCUCCCCGCCCUGGGGCUCUGUGUGUGGCGCCAGUCUCAUAUCAUCUGUAGAGAAAGAGGCUGGGGAUAUCUCAAGUUGUUGCCGUCCGCAAACCCCGGUCCUGAAGUCCCUCCAGUGGCCGGAAUUAGGCUCCUGACCUUUGCCCGGCCUGGCUGGGCCUCUCUUGCAGUAAGCGAGAUGAUCCGCCACCCGUAUGAGACCCAGUCUGACAGCUUCUACUUCGUGGAUGACCGGCUGGUGAUGCACAACAAAGCAGACUAUUCCUACAGCGGGACGCCCUGACCCCACAGCUGGCCCCACCCCGGGACGCUCUGGUUCUGGGCCCGGAGCUGUGACCUCCCCAACGCUCACCCCUGAACCCCAAGUCCUCUGCUUGGGAAGUGCCCCAGGAGACCUGGACCCUGAUCAGUGUUGGGAGGAAGGGUACCUGGUGUCCCGGUCAAGCCCGUGAAGCCCAUGGGGCCUGCUGCGUGGGGUGGGGUCGUAGGGAGGCUGCUUGCCUCCACAUCUAGGAAGGCCUAUGAGAGGAGCAAUCAGGACUUCCAGACGACUUAGCUCAGCCCUCCUUGGGCCCAGUUUCAGAAUAGUGUUCCCCUAUCAAGGCUGUGACUAGGUCAGGCAGGGAUCCAUGCCCUGUCCCUCGCCCACUACCUUCAGGCCAUUUAGAGUUGUACCUUACAAAGAUCACGGUGGGCUCCAGCUGCCAAGCCACCCAAGGGAGUCUGGGCCUUAGGCCCAGCCCCAUCCCUCCCAUGAGGGGCCAGGACACUGCCUGAGGUGUGGGCGGGACUGGCUGAGAUUGCAGCCCAUGUUAGGAGCUGGACCAGCUGUAUAUAGUUUUCAAUAAACUUUCUCCUUUUCUGUU